ACAUGGCACAAGGGUAACAGAAGAACUACACUCUAGACUAAUCAAAGUUGCAUCUAAUAUUUUUACCUGAAGGAGGAGGAGGUGGAAGAUGGAGAUGACUUUCCAAUUUGAUUUCUUUGUAUUUCAAUUUCAAAAGCUCGUUGCCCAUGUCGAAGUCUAAUCUAAACCUAUAUUGCACAAACAGAGCAAAGCUUUCUUGUAGUUCUGCCCUCUAUAGGAAAAUCCUCGACUAUUGUUUGAAUUUGAGAAGUCUACUUCUUCGUCAACUCUGCACUUCGUGAAACACGGGAACGUUCAAACUGUAGUCCAGCUGCUUCUCGCUUAUAAGGUUUUGAGUUGUAGAGGUUUGUUUAAAAUGUUAGUUCCAAGGAUGAAUUCGAAAAGGCAGAGGCGUUCAAACGUUAGGCUAGGGGAAAUAGGGGAUAUUCCUGCGGCUUUUGCAUGUAGGUUUUCUCAGAAAACCAAAGAAAAUUUAGGGCGUAAGAGUUCUGAAAGUGAUGUGCUGAACCCUAAUGAUACCCAACAAAGUCACAUAUAUGGGUUUGCAAUGCAAACUUCUCCUGAGUUUGUAGUUUUGGGCCCUGGCGUCUCUUCAAGGAUAUCAGCCGAUUUGCAGCAGAACAGGGAGAAUAAGAAUCCAAACUCUUCAAAAUCAGCUUUUGAAUUAGUGAGUUCAGAUAUGACCAAGCUGAAACUGAAUUUUGGCACCAUAACCAGAAAAUGUAGGGUUAUGAAGCGUCGGGGUCAUAGCACUAAAAGGACUAAUAAUGUUUUUGGCAGUGCUUGGAGUUCUAAACUUAGCCCUCAAUUUAGUAAUGAAGAUAGAAAAGACUGCAGUGUAAAGGAGUUUGUAAGUUUUACUUCAGAUGAAUGCAAUGACUAUUACAAUGACAGUGUCUUUAAGGACUUGUCGGAUCAUGAAACACCAGCUACAAGUAAAGAGGGUUGUGAGUUUGAGAUGGAUGAACCUGCUUAUGAUAUGAGACUAAGCAGGAACUACAAUGAGUUUUGCCUAGAGGAUGCUUGUAAUGAAGGGAAUAAUGCAUCUCCUGUAUCUGGUCCUGUGUGGGAUGAGAUGAAGUCCGAUGGUGGUGAUGUAAAUGCCGUCACAAGAUGGUUAGAGGAGCAAGGAUUUGGUAAAUAUGCUAGUUUAUUCGAAAUGCAUGAAGUGGAUGAGGAAGCUUUGCCACUGCUUACUCUUGAAGAUCUCAAAGAGAUUGGUGUGUCAGCUGUUGGUCCUAGAAGAAAGCUCUACAAUUCAAUACAGCAAUUAAGAAAAGGAGGUGUUACUGCUUGUCAACUUAUUCAAAUGAGAUUGUAGGUAAUGUUUCAUCUUGGAAUUGCCUAAACUUUUGUGCAGAAAAGUAUCGUAAGUGUAUAUGCAACUCUUUUUUGGGACUCCUAACAUGAUGUGUAUUCUGUAUAUAGUGUCUACUGUUAUGUUUGAAAGAAUGGAACAGCCUACUCAUAACUAUCUGCUAGAAUUCCAGAAGAAUUUAGUAUUGGACAAUGAAUUUUAAUUUUAA